UAUGCUUCUGAUUGGCUGCUUAGCCCGAGCAGGGGCAUGUGAAGCCUGGUUUGCUCUCUUGCGGUCGCUGCUGCUGCUGCUUCCAGCUGCUAAGUGUGAAAGGAGAGAGAACGAGAGAGAGAGAGCUGGAGAUAGAGGGUGGGGGAAAGUGAGGGGCGGAUCUCGCUUGUUGAAGCCAGGCUCAGUAAGCAAUUCAGCGCAGGAGCUUUAAUGUACGUCAUUCUUUCACGAGCAACCCUGAGUAGGGGCAGCAGCUCUCGGUUUCAAUCUGUGAGGGUUUUUUUUUUCUUUCUCUCGCCAUUGUGUACUCCGUGCUGACACACAGUUAAAGGAAAAAGUGAACCGGUGGCUGUACAUGUUAAGAGUAGUCGAUGUCGCUAAGAGUGACCCUGAUGCUUUAUUUUAAUUCGCAGGUGGAACUUCAUGUGAUAUAUGUUGGGUAAAGGGGCAAAGCGGAAGCUUGACGAGCAUGAAGACGGGCUGGAAGGCAAAGCGACAUCGGCGGGGGGCGGCCCCUCGAAGGUGUCCUACACCCUGCAGCGGCAGACCGUCUUCAACAUCUCCCUCAUGAAGCUGUACAACCACCGGGCCCUGACGGAGCCCAGCCUGCAGAAGCGUGUGCUCAUCAACAACAUGCUGCGGCGCAUCCAGGAGGAGCUGAAACAGGAGGGCAGCCCGCGGCCCAUGUUCUUCGCCGCCUCCCAGCCGCAAGACGACCCACUUGACGAGGGCUACCGGGAGGUCCAGCCAGCCUUCAGCCUAUCAGCCCAGCCGGCCCAGCCCUCUGCUUUAACAAGCACUACACCACUAGAGUCCUGCCUCACCCCUGCCUCUCUCCUGGAGGAUGAUGCUACUUCUUUUUGCACUUCACCUAGCCCUACAAGUCUGACUCCCCAACCCCAGCACGAUGGGCCUACCAAACCACCUCCACCACCCCCACUAGUGGCUAUUAAAGACAGCUUUUCCUCAGCCUUGGAUGAAAUAGAGGAGCUUUGUCCAACAUCUACCUCCCCUGCGACCGCAGCAGUGACAGCGACAGCUCCCCAAAUGCCACCGCCGUUGCCACCAACUGUAUUGAUCUCUAAAGACCUUGAGACCAAGGUCUGUAGCCAAAAGUUUGAGGGACUGGUCACGCAGCAGGAGAGCAAAACAUCAGCAGUCGCAGAAUCCAGGCUAAUAGACUCGACGUCCCCGAGUAACUUUGAGAUUACGACUUCCUCUGGUUUCCUUACAGACCUUGCCCUGGACGACAUCCUGUUUGCUGAUAUUGACACCUCUAUGUAUGAUUUUGACCCAUGCACGACCACUACGGGGACCACCUCCAAAAUAGCCCCCGUAACAGCAGACGAUCUCCUCAAAACCUUAUCUCCUUAUAACAAUCAACCAGUCACCCCAAAUCAGCCUUUCAAAAUGGACCUUGCAGAACUCGACCACAUAAUGGAAGUACUUGUUGGCUCUUGAUCAGAAAAAAACUAAUAUUCAAGAAGCCUUUACUUUUGUAUUUGUAUAGUUUUUUUUUUUUUUUUUUAUAGUGGUGAUAAUGACACCCAGUACAACACUGUGCAUGUUUCCUUGCUUGCCUAAAAAGAAAAUGAGGAUCACACUAGGCUUUUAGCAGAAUUUGAGUGCCUUCAUCUGUGUAUGACCACUUUGUAAAUUCUGGUUCUGUGUAAUUUAUUUUCCAUUUUAAAUCUUCAUUGCGAGACAUGUCUACUUGUAGAAAACACAACAAUUCCCACAAACAGUUAUGUUCUGGUGCAAAGACCGGACUUUUAAAAUACUAAGCACAAAGAAUAUACAGAGAAAGUUGAAUUGCAUGUACAGUUGAUUCUGUUUUCAAUAAUGGUAAAUUAUGAGAGAAUUCAGAUUUAGAUUUCGGUUUUGGUUUUUGUGUUUUCUUACCUGGACAUUUUUAAGAAGGCCCAUUUUGAUUUAUCAGAUCUGUGCUUAUCAGCAUUAUCUAACUGUACACAGCUGUUUAAAAACUGCUGCCCAAAUGUAUUUUCUAUUUUUGUACAAAUUCUAAUUCUGCAAUUUGAUGGUAUUGUUUUCUAAAAGGAAAAAAAAAAAAAAGUUUUCUACUCGAAGUAGCUAUUUUGACAGGACAUGCUCAAAGACGUCCUGUGUACUUCAAACAUACAAGAUGGACUUGUACUUUUAUACAAAUAUUAUGGCGUUUUUAUAUGUGAAUAAUGCAAGUACUGGAUCAAACGAGUCUGCAAUAUAAGUUUACUGGAUGUAAAUACAUGUGCUUUAGGGAAGGUGAGGGUAUUUCAGUAGAGGGUUCACACAUUAAUCCAUUGUGAACUACAACUGCAGAAUUCAAGUUUGUGUAUUACUAAAUGGGCAAUACAUUUUCUUGCUAACCACUCACUGUGACAAACUAAUCUAGAUAAGAGAGAAAUCAGAAAACCUAAGAUUUUCAGUACCCAGAGCCACUAAAGGAAGGCUUAAAUGAUCUAUUACUUUCAAACGCAUUGAUUGGCUAACAUUUUUGAAUAUUUUAUUUGUGUAUUAAUAUAUUCGAGUACCCGCUAAAGACAUUUUGUGCUUUAAAAUUAGAAAGGAAAUGGUUGAUUUUUCUUGUUGAAAGGCCAGAAAACGUGUUUACUUACAUUAAGUUUUCAAUUGAAGAUGCAGACAGUGACUGAAAAAAAAUAAAAAUACAUGCGAAUGCAUCAUGUGGUUGCGGCAGUGAAACAAUUUGAAUUAUUUUCAGAAUUUAAAAUAUGUUCCUACUCUGAUUGUAAUACAAAAAAAAUAUUGUUUAAGUGGUCUUCAUUCUACAGCUAUACAGUAUAUGACUUGCUUGACAUUCCUAAUGUGGGCAGUAUACAAGAAAAAACAUUUGUUCUUCCAGUGUCAUUCAACCUAAGCUUUCUUAAAGCACAUAAUUCUCUGUGUUAGACAGUGUUUUAAAACAAAAGUACAGUAUGUCUAAAUAUCACGUCCAUGAAUCCCAUUUCUCACAUGAAGAAAAUAGAAGUUGAUGGACUGUAUGUAACCUGACAUCACUCCUGAAUGCAGAGCCAGCAACAUGACAUCACUCCUGAAUCUGGAGCCAGCAACAUGACAUCACUCCUGAAUCCGGAGCCAGCAACAUGACAUCACUUGGCAUUUGUAACAUGACUGGUAACUUGUUUAAGUGAUUGUAACUGCUUUACAAUUUCAAAACAAAACUUGAUUUUUCUUUUCUUUUCUUUUCUUUUAUUUUACCAGCGGUAUACAGGUUUCUAUGCAAGUUUUUCCUGGAAUCUACCACUUUUCUUCUCAAAAGCCUAAUUGCACCAAAAGCAUAUUUUAAUUCAUUGUCUUGUAUGUUUUGGUUUUUAAGUAUAGAAACUAUUGCAACGUAUCAUGGCUGUUGCCAAAUUACUAUGGCAUGUGUAGCUUUUUAAUGGUACUUUUUUUUUAGCUGUUUGUGUGCAGAGUUACAGCUUAUUGUUGAAAGUGCAUAUGGCUUAUUUUAGUAAUGACUUCUAUAAUUUAUUUUGAAUUUUUUUAUUGUAUAAUGUUUUACGCCAUCCCUUUUAUUUUUUUUCCCUGCUCUCUCCUUGUCACAGAUACAUUUUUGGUUCGGUCUUAUUUUAUGGAAAACUGGCAUUUUAACUAAUUGCACAGAUUUUAGAAAAGUCACCAUGAUGAAAGAACGCGAAGAUAUUUGUUUCUGCAGUUAAAUUGCACCUUUUUCCUGUUUUAUGUUUUUUUUUUUUUUCUCGAUUGGGGGUCUUAAUUCUUUGUCCGUACUGCAAUUUUUUUUAAAAAGGGGACAUGCUAAAGUUUUUCAAGAACCACUUUAAGCAGGGAUUUGUAAAGGAUAUCUCACACAAGGUAGCACAUAAAGGGGACUGGCAUGUAUUCAGUUGGUGUAUAGAAAGCCAGUGUUGGUAGACUUAUUUGGGACCAUUCACAGGAAAAUAUUUUUUAUGCUUAAACUGACACAUUCAUAGUUUGCAAAUGCUGUUUUACCUUUCAUUCCUCUAAGCUCUGUAAUACUUUACCCUAAAAUGUGAAUUCUCAGCUACAGCCUAAAAAAAGUCCUGAAAACCAAUCUGAUCAGCUGAUGUGGAAACCCCACAUUUACACCACACCCUCUCAAAGGCCCCUCUGCACAUGCCAUCUACAUUAAAUAUAGCUGUGUCUCAGAGGAGGUGCAUUAUAAAGGCAGCAAUCUGAGAUGUGAUCCAUUUUUUUUUUUUUUACUGUAUGUAGAGGAAUGAUUUUUAACAAAAAAAAAAGUCAGCACAGUAUAAAGUGGUUAUCUUUAAGUUUCUAUAUAUACUUCAAGUACACUAGACAAAAAUGCCUUUUCAGAGUUAUAUGGUUUUGUAUUUUUAUUUUUUUCCUGCUGACCAUAGGGUUCUCGCAACCAGCCUGCACAAAUAUCACGUCUUCCCAUCUGCUCUUGGGUGCUUUUGAAGUGAAUGCUAAUAAAGAUUACCACAGGCCAGAAGGGCAGUAGCAUUGCAGAUCAAUUUGUAUCUGUCAGAAAACUGCUUCGCUCCUCUUAAAACGAAACUGACGUUAAAAAAAACCAAACCAAAACAUAAACCAACGCAUGAUGCAGCACAUUUUCUUAUACUUUUAUGUAAUUUAUUCUUCUGUUUUAUGAUGUGCAUUUAACUCUGUUGGAGGGGUUGCAUCAUAUAGAUAAUGACCUUAUCAAGGGCAGUUGCAGUGCAGCCAUUUGAGAAUACAGAAGUACGCCUGGGGAGAAGUAAUAUAUUAAGGGGGUGGGGGAACUAAUAUUUAUUGUACAGAAGUAAAUUGAACAAUUAUGAAAUGACAUGGAGAGAGCAGACGGGACACCUGCAAAUAAAAAGAACCUUGGUUUUGAAGUGAUUUUUGUUUUCAUUAAGUUAUUUAUUCUUUAUUUUCUGUGUAAAUAUAUUUAUUUUUUUGUGAAGCGAACAUGUGGAUUGUAAUGUGUCCAGAAUGUAUGGUAGGAAUGUACUCCUGCAGAAAUGAAUAUUUUGUAUUGAAAGGAGGUGGAAGCCAUGUUUUUUCUGUCUGAUUGAUUUAUUGUUCACCCUUUCCACACACCUCCAAGCUUACAAAUCAAGAGCUUCAGUUUUAAAGCAUUGAUUACUUGUAUAUAAAAAGGGUUAUGCUAGUAUACUUUUAUGUACACAGUUUCUAGUCAUAAGCUGGAAAAAGGAAGGUGGUUGUGUGAACUUGUGUGUCGGAUCGGGGGGGGGUUUGUCUGCUGUUUUGAAAGAAUGCUGUAUUUGUUUCACAGACCCUGGAGCUGUGCCUUUUUUCUAUGCAAUAUUACCAACAUAUUCAUCUGGGUGGGGGUGGGGUGGUCAGAUUACUGUAUUCACAAGGUAUGGACUGUAGUACAAAAAAAAUGGAACAGAUGUACAUGAAAUUUGAGCAGUCUUUUGUAGUUUUAUAUUGUACAAUAAACUGUAAAAACAA